CUGGGAAAGCAGACCUCAUAGGAACUCAGAACAAGUAGGAGAAAAGAUUUUUUAAAUUUUUUUUUUUCCUUGUUCUUUUUCUUUUCAAAGAUGAACCUAACUGUGCUCAAAGCUUUCGUGGGCUUGCUCUGGAAUUGCUGGGUUCUGGUGGGUCACGCACAGGGAGGUUUAGGAGACAAUCAUGUCCAUUCGAGUUUUAUUUACAGGAGGCUGCGGAACCAUGAGAGAAGGGAGAUUCAGAGAGAGAUUCUCUCUAUCCUGGGUUUACCUCACAGACCCAGACCAUUUUCACCAGGAAAGCAGGCUUCUUCUGCACCCCUCUUCAUGCUGGACCUGUAUAAUGCCAUGACAAAUGAAGAGGAUACUGAGGAGCUGGAGUAUUCACUAAAGGGAUCAAUGGCAGGGGAGAGCAGAGGGAUACGGAAAGGAUACCCUGCCUCUCCAAAUGGAUAUUCACGGAGAAUACAAUUAUCUCGCAUGACCCCCCUGACCACACAGAAUCCUCCCUUAGCCAGCCUGCACGACACCAACUUUCUGAAUGAUGCUGACAUGGUCAUGAGCUUUGUCAAUUUAGUUGAAAGGGACAAGGACUUCUCCCACCAGCGAAGGCACUACAAAGAGUUUCGCUUUGACCUUACUCAAAUCCCGCACGGAGAGGCAGUGACAGCAGCCGAAUUCCGGAUAUACAAAGACCGAAGCAACAGCCGCUUUGAGAAUGAAACAAUUCAGAUUAGCAUAUAUCAGAUCAUCAAGGAGUACCCAAACAGGGAUGCAGACUUGUUCCUGUUAGACACAAGAAAGGCUCAAGCUUCUGACGUGGGCUGGUUUGUUUUCGACAUUACUGUGACCAGCAAUCACUGGGUGAUUAAUCCACAGAACAAUCUGGGCCUGCAACUCUGCGCUGAAACCGGGGACGGUCGAAGUAUCAAUGUUAAAUCUGCUGGCCUGAUUGGAAGACAUGGGCCUCAGUCAAAGCAACCAUUCAUGGUUGCGUUCUUCAAGGCAAGUGAAGUGCUUUUCCGUUCUGUCCGAGCAGCCAACAAUAAAAGGAAAAAUCAGAACCGCAACAAAUCCAGUAGUCAUCAGGAGUCUUCUAGGAUGCCAAGUGUCGGGGAUUAUAACACAAGUGAGCAAAAGCAAGCAUGUAAGAAACAUGAACUUUACGUGAGUUUCCGAGACUUAGGAUGGCAGGAUUGGAUUAUUGCACCGGAGGGCUAUGCUGCAUUUUACUGCGAUGGAGAGUGUUCUUUCCCCCUCAAUGCCCACAUGAACGCAACAAACCACGCCAUUGUUCAGACUUUGGUUCAUUUGAUGUUCCCUGAUCAUGUACCAAAGCCAUGCUGUGCACCAACAAAACUGAAUGCAAUCUCCGUGCUCUACUUUGAUGACAGUUCCAAUGUUAUUUUAAAAAAAUACAGGAAUAUGGUGGUGCGUUCAUGUGGCUGCCACUAGAAUAAAAAAAAUAAUCUAAAGCAGAGGGUUUUAUUCAGAAUUGUAAUAAAGUCAAGAUAUGAGCUUUGCUGAUGAAAAGGCAGUUCUAAAUUUAUUCCAUUUCAUGUCAUCUCUCAUUUAAAUGUACAGUGUAAUGUAUAUAGUAGCUUUUAUUUAUUUAAAAGUAUAUAGUUUCUUUUGUAUGCGCAAAAUUUCAAAACCAUUUAUUUUAUGGGUCACCUUACUAUGCAGUAGAAUUUCACAAACUAAUUUUUCAGUUGACCAUACUGGAAUCUAUUUCAUUCCAUUUCGAUAUUUUAAAGCAAAGCCUUUGUAUAGAUUUUUUUAAAGCUAGAAACUCCAGAACUUCUGUAACUGCUUCAUAUUGUUAAAGGAACUAAAAUAUGUUUGGUCAUAUUGUGCCAAUGAAAACUGUGGCGGGGUAUUUAUUUAGAAAAAGGCACAGAAAAAAAACUAAACAAAACUGCUUG